UACACUAAAAACACAACUUGUCUAAUCUGAAUGAGAUUUUUCAGGAUGUUAUCCUAUUUUGUUUGUGCCUCUUGGUUUAGUAAACUCCCAACCACUUUUUCUUCCCUCACCCCCAACUCCCCACACACAAAAUGUUUUUCAUUAUGACCUGAGACAUUCAUUCUGAUUGUAGAGGUUUUAGAUCAUUUCUUCUAGGUGUUAAUCAGUUCUGGCCAUAUGGUGAGGGUGAGGUAAUCAUUAUUACUUUACAAUGAAUGCCCUUAAUUACAUUUUCAGUAGUAAUAUUAGUCCUUCUGUUUAUUUGAGUACCUAAGAGCUGCAGGCAACGUGAUCUGAAUUACAUGGAGGACAAGCUCCAGCUGACUCUCCGUAAACUCGCAUUAGGAUUCUACUAUGCCACGACAGGAGCAGGUGGGGAUAAUGAGCUGGCAGAAGGGGCUGCCUGUCACACUGCCCGGUGGUCCCUCUUUCACCCCCAGUUUGCCUCAGGCAUUUUCUACUUAGCUGUGACCUUAUUUGUGGUGACACCAAUCCAGUGGUCAGGAGAGAGGCACCCAGCCCACGUCUGAAUCCUCCUACUGACCCUGGGGAUCCAUGCGACUUGAUCUUAGAUAUUGGUGGUGAAGUGUCGCUCUCCUUGACAGCAUCCAGGAAAAGGUAAUUACCUUUGCCAAAAUGCAAGUGGAAGUUCAAAGCCUCAGCCUUGAAGAGUGUCCCUGGGGACUUCCAGGCCCCGAAUGUGAAUGUGACGCCCUUCUGCCCAGUGGGGCAAGGCGCCGGAGUGACCUUCGCCUGAGUGGGAGGGCAGUCACUGUUUGUCACUUUAGGGGUGGUCCAGGUCAAUUUAACUUGUCAUAUGCCACGGGAAGACAUAAGAAGCCAACCCCACACCAAAACAUGAACAGGGGAAUGGAAUUUAUUGCUCCUGUGUCAGCUCCCACCAAAUCCGGUGCCCUGUGCCAUUUUCUUUCUCCAGGCCCCACAGAUGCCCAGAGAUCAGUUAGAAUCAGGCCAGGCACCAGGAUGGGCUUGUCCUGAGAUCCAGUUGUCAGCACCUUGUCUUCCAAUUACCUCACUCUGCUAACUCUCUCUUAUAAGCCUGGGAGGAGAGUGACAAGUUCAUACCUAAAUGUACGUGGGCAUGAAGUAAGAAAGCUCCAGAAUUCUGCUGAGACCACAAGGAUUUCCAGAACUGGCAGGAGUUAA